AUUGUAACACAAAUUUGGCUUACUCUGAAUUUAAAACUUUCGUAUUUCAAGUCGUUACUACAUUAUCACGAGAAAACUCCGGUGCGAAGAGAUGGAGAAUACCACUCAAGAUAUCAAUCUUCUGCUGAUUGGUAAAACUGGUUCAGGAGUGAGCGCAUCUGGAAACACUAUACUGGGAAAAGAUGCGUUUCAAUCCAAAAAAAGCUCAAGCUCCAUCACUAAGAGCUGCCAAAAAGACUCAGUCGAAGUGUCGAUGAGAAGAAUUACAGUAGUCGACACCCCAACUUUCUCAAAUUCCCAAAACAUUGAUCUGAGUGUGGAGUUAAAGAAUGAAUUGAAGAAGUGCCCUCCAGGAAUCCACGCGAUCCUUCUGGUUCUCCCUUCACACAAAACACAAGCUGCUGAUGUCCUGUCCUUAUUCAAGCAGAUGUUUGGUCAAAAUGCCUUGAAACACACAUUAGUCCUCUUCACACAUGGAGACGAGACUCAAAAUGAGUCACUUGAUCGAUUAAUAAGACAAAACACAGAGCUGUCCAAACUAAUAGAGGAGUGUGGACGGAGAGUUCACCUGCUGAACAACAAAGAUCUGAACAACAGAGAUCAGGUCACAGGCCUCCUGAUGAAGAUCGACCAGAUGGUGUCUGAAAAUCAGAACAGCUGCUACACUUUACAAAUGUUUGAGACCCAAUCUCUUGAAACCCAAACCCAACGACCCCCAUUUAAAAUACUUCUGCAGGGAUUUAUAAAGACUGAAAUUCUUGCGGAAUGGAGGUUCUGA